CCGCUCGCUCCAGCUGAGCUAAGCGUAGCAGCAGCACCAGGGCAAGGACUGACUUCAGCCUUUGGACUUAGGACAUCGCAACACCCUCCCUUGCUUGCGUGACUCAUUCGCACAUCUUUUCUGUUUAUGCCUGGGGUGGGGAGAAAAAUCCCAAACCAGCUGUGUAAAUGAGUAUGGAAGAUUAUGAUUUCCUGUUUAAAAUUGUUUUAAUCGGCAAUGCUGGUGUGGGGAAGACGUGCCUAGUCCGACGGUUCACUCAGGGUCUUUUUCCCCCAGGACAAGGAGCCACAAUUGGAGUUGAUUUUAUGAUUAAGACAGUGGAGAUUAAUGGUGAAAAAGUAAAGCUUCAGAUCUGGGACACCGCAGGUCAAGAGAGAUUUCGGUCCAUCACCCAGAGUUAUUACCGAAGCGCCAAUGCCUUGAUCCUUACCUAUGACAUAACCUGUGAGGAAUCCUUCCGUUGCCUUCCUGAGUGGCUGCGGGAGAUAGAGCAGUAUGCUAGCAACAAGGUCAUCACUGUGCUAGUGGGCAACAAGAUUGAUCUGGCUGAAAGGAGAGAGGUCUCCCAGCAGAGAGCCGAAGAAUUCUCAGAAGCUCAGGACAUGUAUUAUCUGGAGACCUCAGCCAAAGAAUCUGAUAACGUGGAGAAACUCUUCCUUGACUUGGCUUGCCGCCUCAUCAGUGAAGCCAGGCAGAACACCCUGGUGAACAAUGUAUCCUCACCCUUACCUGGAGAAGGGAAAAGUAUCAGCUAUUUGACUUGUUGUAAUUUCAACUAAAGGCUGAGGCAAGGAGAGGCGAGAGGAAUCCGCAGCUGCCCUGAUGGGCCCCCAGCUGCUGGGGAGACCUGGCGAUGACUGUGGCUCCCGCUCUGGGACCUUCUGACUCCUGUGGGCUCCCGAGCUUACGAAGCACGGCGGGCCGGGGCCUCGUCUGCAGGCCAGCGUUCGCGGAACAUAUAAUGGUUUCACCCUUUUGCAGUCUGGAGUCGGGUCAAGGAGAAAAUUGCCCUAGGCGCUCCAUGAUCUGCAAAGCAUGUUGCUUUUGUUUUUUUAAACAAGCAAGUAAAACGCAUUCCCGAACAUGGUCCAGGGGGAAACGUACUGUAGGGACCCCUCCUGCACGCCAGUGGGUGCAUGUGUGGGGCUGCUCUUUAGGGCUUCUGGGGGCCCUGGUUUUCUUGUCUACCAGAUAAACCAAACCCGGCAAGGCCAAGUCCUAUCUCUGUGGUGCGUGUGGAUGACUCCAUGGAGAUUUUGACAAGUGUUAUUUCUCUUUUUUUCCACGGGCACUUUCAAGAACUUUGGGAUGUAACAGUGAGAUGAAACCUUUACCCAUGACAAGAGUAACAAUCAUAGUUUUAAUACUGUACACAAGCUCCAUGACUCCUUCUGGUGCUAAUGAUUCCGCUCUUUCACAGACCAAACGUUUUAGUACAUCGAUGUCCUUACCUACCUUACAUAGAAAUAAAAACAAAACAAAAAUUAAGGGAAGACAAUGAAUCAGCUCUCUUUCUCGAAGUCUCAUUACGACCUGCCCUAGGGUAGAUUUAUUGGAAAAGAGGAUACUUUUCCUUUCCUCUUCCCCUCUAAGUCUCUACCAUUUUCUUCUUCCGUUCUCCCAUCUUUCCUGCCCUUCUAGUAAAUGAAAAAGUUUGAAAAAUGAAAAAAAAAAAAAAGAGAGAGAGAGAGAGAGAGAAUGGUUGACACCCUCAUAUAAGAGAUUAGCUCUAAGACAUUAUGAGUAGUGUGAAAAACCAGACCUGAUCUGACCAAAAUACUGUGGCUUAAUGGACUGCAGUGCGGAGUUCCAAGCAGAGCACAGUCCUUGAUAGCAAGUCUCGUCUUUUGCUUCCUGGUACUAUCCAUCUUGGACAGACCAACGCUUACGAUUUUGUAGAUGUUUUUAGUAUGGUAAGUGAGAAUCACAGUGGAUGAAAAGUCUCACGAACCAUUUUUGUAUCUGCAGUGAUAACCUUAGAAAAAAAUCUGCCUGUGGAAGCAGAUGGAGUAGUCAUUUGUCAUCUCCUUGUAGUAAUGUUACUCUCAGACUCAUGACCAUUCAUUCUUUCCCAUAUCUUUUUCUUUUCCUCACUUUCUUUCCUGAUUUUCCCCUUUUUACCUUAUCCCCCUCCUUCCCCCGCUCCCUUGUAUGCAUAUGUUCCUGCAAAUCUCCAAUUCAGAUGGAGGUGUGCAUGCCUUUUCUUAGCCAAUUAAAAAAACAACUCCAAUGGAAGCUGUGCUGCUGAAUAUGUGUUGCUGUUUCUUCAGUGCCAUACUUCCAGUUUGUUCCCGGAUAUAAAUGCAGAUUGGGAAAAUGAUUAAAACUGUUUGUUGUUGAUGCUCUCAGAUGUUUCAGUAGCUUGCUGCUUAGCAUAACUGAGGGAUGAGUCAUGGGAUUAGGAUAUGAUAGGUCAUUCCACUGUUGUUGUAGAUGGUGGCAGUCUUGGUUCUGAUAUAUUGAUGUGUGAAAGCUAUUGAAUUUUAAAGCAGCGAGUCAUGUACAGGCACGAUAUUGGCGAAGCCUUUCUAGCGUUUCUAGGGCAGGUUUCAGAGUGACCUGUCACUUGCACGUGGGAACUGUACAUAUUGUUUAAGGGACUGAUGCUAUGGUUGGCUUCACCAUGGUUGUCCUGAUACUGUGGGUAAGAGAAAGGGAUCCCAGAAGUUCGAGUCGCUUUUAUUUCAGAA